AGAGGUGUUAGUGAGAAACAUGUCUAAUGUUUCUUUCUUUUAUAGGGAACGCUGGACGAAAUUACAAUCGAACUAUGGAAUGGCUGGGUCACGUUUCAGUCGAAGGUCGGAGCUCGGAAGACGAUUCCAGACAACUUUUUGCGGUUUCUGGACGAUUCUUGGACAAUUCGUGAUAGGUUUCUUUGUGUGGAUGUUAAUGGCGACAUUGAACUAUAUUACGCCACACUUUUUUUAUUUUUUUAGGUUCCUAGAUGAUCUAAACAACAUUAUAUUCUUCAUGGCUUUGGAACAAUUUUGGGGCGAAACAUCAUGGUACGUAGGUUCUUUAAAUGGUAUGAUAAUGGUGCUAUUAGACAAAGCUAAUAAUGAAUUCUUAUUUUUGCAGGUUUUUUGGAUAGGAAACGUAGACGCGAUGAGAUAUCAAAGACAUCUGAGACGUAUUAAACUUUAUACCGAUAUGAUUAUGAUAUUUAUACAAUACGAGUAUGAUAUGCAACAACCAAGAGCAAGAUAUGGUAGAGGAGUAUACAACGAGAAUUUCAACAUAUUAACAACCAAGAAAGAAGAGAAAGCAAUAAUUAAAGGCUUUGGAAUUUUGUGUAUGACGAAAUGAAAAAUAGGAUUUGGAUACCCGAGAUGCGAAGAAAUUAAGAGAUUAGAAGAUAAAGCAGAUAUACAAAAAAUAGAUCUUAGGACGAAGACUUAUUACUAGAAAAUAAUGUAGAAAAAAAUAAAAAUAGAAAAACACAAGAAAAUUAGAAAAAUUAGAAAAAAAUAGAUUUAAUAAAAACAUUAACGUUAGAAAAAAUGAUGGGAUCAAUAACAGAUGGUAAUAGUAUUAAAACCACUUGGGAUCUAACACCUAAAAUGUAUAAUUUUUUAGAUUAGACAUAGUUUAGUAUUAGAAAUUUUGUCCUUAGAAUACUUAGUUAUAGAUAGGGUUUUUUUCGAAAAGCUCUAAGUGUUUUAACGAUUAAUUAUGUAAUUUGUAUCAAAUUUAAA